CAAAGGGGUUCUCCUCCAAUCAGGGGAGCCCCCCCACAGGCAUUGUGAUGUCACCAGGGGAUAUUUAUUGGGGGGGUAUAAUUACUGUCCCCUUGGCCAGUUCCAGUCGCGCAGACCAGAGAGGUCAAGUGGAUUAACCCUUCUGCCACCACAUUGCAACCAGCCUGGAUCCUUCCCACUGUAAGCAGCCAGGACCCCCUCCCAGGAGCCUCGGGGUCCUCCUCUCCCGCGUGGCUGUUCGGCGUGGAAUCGCCUCUGAUAAGUUCUACCAGGAGUUGGAGCCAGACCUGAGGCUGGAGGUGGCUCCUGGGCAGUAAGUGGUUUGGGGGGAGGGGGAGGAGAGAGGAUGAGUUCUCCCGGCACGGAGAGCUCCGGCAAGAGCUUGCAGUACCGGGUGGACCAUCUCCUGAGCGCGGUGGAAAACGAGCUGCAGGCUGGCAGCGAGAAGGGAGACCCCACGGAGCGGGAGCUACGAGUCACUCUGGAGGAGAAUGAGCUGUGGUUGCGCUUCAAGGAGCUCACCAACGAGAUGAUCGUGACCAAGAACGGCAGGCGGAUGUUCCCCGUGCUGAAGGUGAGCGUGUCCGGCCUGGACCCCAACGCCAUGUACUCCUUCCUGCUGGACUUCGUGGCCGCCGACAAUCACCGCUGGAAGUACGUGAACGGGGAGUGGGUCCCCGGGGGCAAACCCGAGCCGCAGGCCCCGAGCUGCGUCUACAUCCACCCGGACUCGCCCAACUUCGGAGCGCACUGGAUGAAGGCGCCGGUUUCCUUCAGCAAAGUCAAACUCACCAACAAGCUCAAUGGAGGGGGGCAGAUCAUGUUGAACUCCUUGCACAAGUAUGAGCCUAGGAUUCAUAUAGUGAGAGUUGGUGGCCCUCAGCGUAUGAUAACCAGCCAUUCCUUCCCAGAGACCCAGUUUAUAGCUGUGACAGCUUAUCAGAAUGAGGAGAUCACAGCUUUAAAAAUUAAAUACAAUCCAUUUGCAAAGGCUUUCCUUGAUGCCAAAGAAAGUGAUCACAAAGAUAUGAUGGAUGAAGUUGGAGACAAUCAACAGUCUGGGUAUUCACAGUUAGGUGGUUGGCUUAUUCCUGGAACUGGGAGUCUGUGCCCCCCCUCCAAUCCUCAUGCUCAAUUUGGAGCACCUCUAUCACUGUCCUCUGCUCACAGCUGUGAAAGAUUCUCAUCGCUGAGGAAUCAUCGUUCUGCCCCUUACACCAAUCCAUAUGCCCAUAGAAACAACUCUCCAACAGCCUAUGCUGAUAAUUCCUCGGCCUGUCUUUCCAUGCUCCAAUCCCAUGACAACUGGUCCAGUCUAGGAGUUCCCACACACACUAGUAUGCUGCCCAUGAGUCACAGCACUGGUACAUCUACCAGCUCCAGUCAGUAUCCCAACUUGUGGUCUGUGAAUAACAGCACCAUCACACCCGUGUCUCAGUCAGGUGGGAUGUCCAAUGGACUGAGCUCCCAGUUUUUGCGAGGCUCUCCAGCACACUACCCACCUCUUCCUCACUCUGUCACUGCCUCCUCCUCGGGAUCUCUGCUGUAUGACGCUGGCACACCAACAGACAUUUCUGAGAGUCAGUAUGAUACCUCUGCACAUAAUAGGCUGGCAUCCACAUGGACUCCUGUCACACCACCUUCCAUGUAAACCAAGCCCUUUCUUUAAGAUAAAGACUUUCUAGCUAUUUAGUUACUCUUAAUACUGAAUCCACAAUGAAGUCUUGAAGAGGGGGAAAAGAGACAUGAAGAAAAUUACAAACAAAAAGGCUGCACUGCUUUUGUGUAAAGUAAUUGAAUUCUACUUCUUACAGUAUAACAGUGUAUCAUUAGCAGCAUAAAGACCUUAUGAGUGCAAUUCUAGUAUAGCAGAUUUACUGCUCUUCCUUUUUAAAAUAAAUAUUUUUAAUCCUUUUCCAUUUGGCAGAGAUGGGCCUGAAACACCAAAAUUUGACCCAUAUUCCACACUUCUCAAUGUUCUGGGACUAUCUGGAUCUGGGGUUUUGUUUCAUGCCCAUCUUGACAGUUUUGUCAGGUUUUUUUUUAAUAAGCUACUUCCUGUCAAUUGCCAGUUAACAUUUUGCUUAGCUGUAGUUGUGAGAGAAGUUUUAUUAAGUGCACAGUUUGAAUCAUUCUCAAAUCUACACAAAUUUAGCUAAUGAAUGAAAUUUGGAGAACUGUGUGCACUAAUGUUUGUUUAUCGUGAGAAUAUGUGAUAUUCUCGUAGUUGACAGUUUUUUAUGCACAGUUAUAUGCUUAUUAUAUGAAUUAAAUGAUGAAGACAAUCAGCAA